UUGGAAGACUAUAAAGGAGCAGAUGAAAAAAAAAAAGGCGAACUUGCUUUCCUCAGUUGUCUGAGCCUCACGUCAUGGAAAGAGUUACUUUGUUGCAGCGCUGAGGAAUAAACCCAGAGAAACGUCCCCGCGUGUGGAUCUGAUCGCUCGGCUGCUGAUCUCUGGUUUUCAGUGAAACCUUCGAGGAUCGCAAGAGGAUGCGCAGGAACCUGUUUACAAGGAAAACGCAGCGAGUUUGAGAGAAUGUGGAGCUCAGGGAUGCCAUUACUCAUCCCUGCGGUUCCCCUCACGCCAGGCCACUUUGUCAUGGAGAUGUUUUCACCGCGGAUCCUUUCUAGGCUCCGUUAACGAGCAGCAAGUGUCGGUGAACGACGUGACGCCGAGUCCAGUUUGGGAGGAUUUCAAACCACCGGCGGGGCUUUACCCUGGAGAUCACUGGAGAAACCAGCUUUGUUUCUGAACCUGUUGAGUUUCUGAUGCGAGAUGAGAUGAGGAAGCCAGUCUCUGUUAUGAGGGAGUCGAUGUGUUGUACAGCCUCUGCAGCCUGAACUUAUUGUUGGGUAUUUAACCACAAUAGAUUUUUUUAGGACAAUAGAGCAACAGCCUCUAUGGGCUGAGGAUGCUAGUGGUCACAGUGGGUAUAAUUCAGACUGUUGUUAAGUUUUACAUAUCUGUUUAGUCUGUGGUGUUUCUAAAGUUUCAGAUCAUUAAAUUUACAUAAAGGUCAUAGUGCCGCUGCACACCUGAUCCAACAGCUGCCAUGUAAUUUGAGACGAGAUUCAAUAUUACAGAGAGCUGGUGUCAGAAGUUUCCAACACAGCAUGCAUCCACACAGUAGCAUCAGUAUAAUCUAGGCACUAUGUGCAUGUAGAAUUUUGUGGUUUGGGACCAACUUGAGUAUCAAGAUGUCAGUGAAAGCCAAAGCCAUCUACACCUUCCUAAGUGAAAACAAAGAGGAGAUCAGCAUCCAGGAGAACGAGGAGCUGGUCAUCUUUGAUGAGAACUCAGUGGACGGCUGGUUCCAGGGGGAGAACAGCCGAGGGGAGAAGGGUCUCUUCCCAGCGUCUUAUGUGGAAAUCAUCCGCACUCGCUCAAACUCCAAUGUGACUGACUGCUCCAUCAGCCCGGCAGGCUCUCUAGGAAAGGACUCCUCCUAUUUCCCCUCGAUUCCCAUCACCCCCCCUCAUUUGCAGCCGCCAUAUGAUGACGAUGAAGACGACGACUGGGACGACUGGGAUGACAGGUCCACAGUGGUGGAGGAUGCAGACUACUCAAGGAGCCCUGGGGCCAAUGGACAUGCCCAUCAGAGCCCACUGUCCAACAACCCUAAUGUGCACUACCGGUCCAAACCACACAUGGAGAGACAGGACAGCAUCUCCAGCUCCAGGAAAGGCAGUAUGGUGGGCAGGAACUUGAAUCGAUUUUCCAGCUUUGUCCGCUCAGGGGUGGAAGCGUUUGUUUUGGGUGAUGUACCCAUGAUGGCAAAGAUAGCUGAGUCAUACACCAUCGACAUGGGUCCUUUGGGGCCCCUGUGGAAGGCAAACCCAGAGCCUUUCGUCUGCUCAAUUGAAGACCCCACAAAACAGACAAAGUUCAAGGGCAUCAAGACCUACAUUUCUUACCGGGUCACGCCGAGCCACACAGGGCGUCCUGUCUACAGACGUUACAAACACUUUGACUGGCUGUACAACCGCUUACUGCACAAGUUCACUGUGAUCUCUGUGCCCCACCUGCCUGAGAAGCAGGCCACGGGGCGAUUUGAGGAAGACUUCAUCGAGAAGCGCAAGAGACGACUGGUACUGUGGAUGAACCACAUGACCAGUCACCCAGUCCUCUCUCAGUAUGAAGGCUUUGAGCACUUUCUAAUGUGCGCUGACGACAAGCAGUGGAAACUUGGAAAGAGACGGGCAGAGAAGGACGAGAUGGUGGGCGCCCAUUUCAUGCUGACCCUCCAGAUCCCCAACGAACACCAGGACCUUCAGGACGUAGAGGAGCGGGUCGACACCUUCAAGUCCUUCGCUAAAAAAAUGGACGACAGUGUGAUGCAGCUCACACAUGUUGCCUCUGAGCUGGUACGUAAACACCUGGGUGGGUUCAGAAAGGAGUUCCAGCGGCUGGGAAAUGCCUUCCAGUCCAUCAGCCAGGCUUUCAUGCUGGACCCUCCCCACAGCUCAGACGCCCUCAACAACGCCAUCUCCCAUACAGGCCGCACCUACGAGAACAUUGGAGAGUUGUUUGCAGAGCAACCUAAGUAUGACCUCUUCCAAAUGCUGGACAAGCUGUCGCUCUACCAGGGCCUGCUUGCCAACUUCCCUGACAUUAUUCAUCUACAGAAAGGUGCCUUUGCCAAGGUGAAAGAGAGCCAGCGGAUGACCGACGAAGGGAAGAUGGACCAGGACGAGGCCGACGGCAUUAGGAAACGCUGCCGGACGGUCGGGUUUGCCCUCCAGGCAGAGAUGAGCCACUUCCAUCAACAGCGAGAGGUGGACUUCAAAGACAUGAUGCAGGCCUACCUCAAGGAGCAGAUAGUCUUUUACCAACGUGUUGUCCAGCAACUGGAGCGCACCCUGCGCAUGUACGACUGUCUGUAAAGACACCAAAAUUCUGCCCAGCACAAGAUGCCAAAAAACACAGUGACAAAAGGAAAAAAAAAAAAUCUAUCGAGGCGUUUUGUGUUUUGUUCUGUAUUUGGCCCAAUUUGAAAAGAGAUGAAUGAAGCAGUAGUUACUGGAAGACACACGAAGCCAGUCAUUCUUUCACCUUCAUGGAUUCAAAGUCAUAUUUUUGCAAAGACCUACUGUACCUUUUUGUUCUGAAAUACACAUCACAUAGGCAGGUGUUUGUAGCAUUAAGAUAAGAAUAUAGGUUUCAAAUUCAUAGUGGAUCAGUGCUUUAUUGUUCAUAGUGUAACACAUGAAAGCCAUGAAACGGGUUUUAUUUUGAAAUUGUCCCCUUUCUCUCCAACAUCGUGCACUUUGGCUUCUCCAGGGACGGAUUGAAGUUGCUUCCAUUAUGUAAAAAAAAAAAAAAUUGCAACGUAUAAGCAUUCCAGAUGUGUUUUUUUUUAAUUCAGCAUUUUAGGAUUUUAUCAAUGUCACUUUUGUGAAGAGAAAAGAGAAGAAGAGAGUCCAAACAGCUGUACGAUAAAAGUAUAGGGGAAUUUUAACCAUCGCCUCCUCUGGUUCUUGUGAAGGGCUCAACUUGCUCAGGUGUUCACUGCUUUUUUUCCUUUACGUUACUCAUGUUAUCUCCAAAUACAAAGGCCUGUGUAAACCUUAUAACAGUUAAUGACUCCAUGUCAAUUAGUUUCAUUUCCUUACUUUUCUUCAUAAAGGAAGUGCCUUUAAAGAUGCAACACAUUCCUAUGGAUUAUUUUUGAAAUGGACCAUUUGUCUUGUGAUUGGCCUGUGUGUUUUUUGGGAGUGAAUUGUUGGAAUGAUGUGUUUAGGCACAAGUUUGCACAUGUUUCUAUGUACUGGUGGGUCAUUGUGUGUGUGUGUUAAUGUGCCGGCGAGUGAAUGAAAUGAGUCAACAACUGUGCUGAUCGAUUCCAUUUGCCAUGGUGAAAAACAGUUCUUUAUCUAUGUAGGAGCAGAUUUAUUUAGCCAUCAAACAGAUAUGUCAGAUAUUCUCAGCAGAUGAACCGCUUGACUGAGGCAGAAUAUCAAUUUGGCAUUUCUGUGUUUGUAGUAGAUCAUUUUCUUGACAUAUGGUAAAAACAAGUGCUUCUUGUUACCGGAUCCUUGUGUUUUCAUGUAUUUUGGGUAAAAUAAAAACAGUUGGUUCAUUGUCUAGAACUUUAAAACCAUCUAAGUCUACGUCAUGAUAAUAUAGCCAUAAUAUCAUAUAUAAAAUAUGUAACAUUUAUUGAAUCUUUUUGCAGAGUUAGUGAGAAGAUUGAAACUCCCCUUGGUUUUUUUAAGUUAUAGCCAUAUAGUGUAGUUAGUAUUAUCUUAUUAUUAAGACAGGAAACAGUCACUUUACUCUGCUCAAACAUGACACAUACCAUCCCUUCUAACGCAUGACGCAUUGUUGUACAGUGUACAGGGGGUGUGACGAGUGAUCACUUCCUAGGUCGGACAUUCAGAUGAAUUUUUGACAUGUCAGGAAGUUUUGUGGGCACAGUUGAGGAGAGUCCUAAGUCGAUUCCCCCAAAGUCAGAACAUUUUCCCUCAUUGCACCUACGUUAAAUGACAAAACACAAUCGUAGGAACUAGGAAGUGUAGUCUAUGGCUGGAAGCGAUUGCAAAGCAAGAAAGAAAAAGGUGAUAAGGGGUUCUAACAAUACAGUAAAGAGUGUAGCCAGUUAUCAUUUUACAAUAUAGUAGCCUCAAACAUGAUUGACUUUCUUUCUGCAAAAUAGCCAAACCAGGCUCAUGUCUUCCAAGCCACCAGCUUGUCCAUAUGUCGACAUUUCUUUUUGGGAAGUUUGACACACAGAAUAAUCCAUGGUAUCAAGCUAGCUUGUUUCUCCCUUUUUAGCAUUGUUAGCAAACAAACUUCUUUUUCAACUUCCCAUCUUGAAUGAUUUACUCGUACUGUGUGAGGUGGAAUUUAACGUACCGUUGGGCCCGACUUAAAGCUCAGAAAAUAUCAUGCCUAAUCUGUAGUUGUCUGGCACACAACCCCCUGUCCAACUGCAGCUUGUCAUUGUCACAAUUAGGUUUUUGUGCACAUUAAACAAAAGAGAUGUAUUGUGAUACAGUUUGUUACGCUUGCAGAUAACAAAUCUUUUUGGGUUAUCAGUCUUCUCCUUUAACUCUGUAAGAAAGAAAAACAUUUCCCACAAUGACAUUAAUAAUGAUGAUUAAUGCACCAUAUUUUGAGAGAUUCAGUUUGAAAUCUUAUCACAUUUUCUGUAGUUAUUCCCCACAUCUAAUGAGAGUGAGGAUUUGACUCCCACUCCUCCCUAAGUGAGUUAUUAAAGUUGUUCCAGUAACAUUACUCAUCCUAUUUAACAAGAGGGUAUUUCAUGGAAACUUGUGGUGUAGACAAGAGACUAUCUUUAGCAUCGUCUCAACCUUAGAGGUGUACGUGAAAUUGCAUUAAUAAGCAUUAAGUAACUGCUUCAAGUCACUUCCAGUGUUUGUCAGUUGUGAGACACAGAUUCUUCACUUUGAUGGAAGAGCGAUCGCUCUCUUAGGGUGAGAAGAAAGUGCUGAUUCAGAUUCCAGGCCUCCUCAGAAAACAAGGGACCUGCUCGGCCUGCGUGCUUUUGUGUGACUCAGAUAUGAGUGUUGCCUCAGUUAUCGGCUGCAUCUGCAUCCUUCAGCACAUCGCUGUCUAAAUGUGCUAUUUUUCACAUUUGUUUGUCUUUGAACAAACCUCUGCUAUUCAUACGUCAGCAGUUUCUCUGAGACCAAAGAAGUCAUACAUGUUCUCCACCAAAGUUCCUCUUUUGAAACUCUGUUUAGUGUUGUGAAAGGAACUUGGUUUGGAACUAAAUCUGGAAACUGUGAAGACAACACAGAAAAAAAACAUUCCCAAACUGGUUUCACAAUGACACUUGCCUCUCAUGUUCCAAAGUCACAUGGUUAGAUGUCAGGCAUUUCACACAGGUGAUUGUUUCUUAACAUGCAUGUGUGACCUGGUUAGUUGCUGGAGUUCUAUGCUUUAGUUUCAGUGUCUGAAAUAACAAGUAAUUAGUAAUUUGUCACAUGAUUUAAGGGAAGGGCACCUAGAAAAUAUUAAUAAAAACAACGAUGAUGUCUUUAUAUCUCUUUGUCAUCUUUGUGGGUUUGAAUGUCUGACAUUUCAACAAGAAAUCAAUAAAACCCAGUGGAUAAGACAGCAAUGAAAAUACUUGAAGUAUUUACAAUAAUUCACACAGGUCCAAGGGACUGAAGCACAUGCACUUUAUCAAUCAAUCAAUCAAAGCUGACAUGUAUUCACAAAUCACAAUUUGCCUCGUUAGGGCUAAACAAGCUGCAACAUCCUCCGUCCUUAAUCGCCAGCAAGAGUCAGAAAUACACCCCCCCCCUGAAAGGAG